AAUCUUUAAAAUAUGACCUUCAGUUUGGGUAGCUUAACUCACGCCAAAAUACUUUGAUGGCGUUCCUUUUCUAUGAACAUUUGAAUCGUGUCCCAGCCAAGAAAAUCAAAUUUUCGGGGACUUACACAACUACUCCUAUCAUUAUUGACAAUGGAAAUUAUGAAUGUCGUGCCGGUUAUUCACAUCUUGAAGAACCUCAUAUAACUUUCCCAAACGUAGUAUACCGUCCACGAAUGUCAAAAGGUGUUCUUGUUGGGAAUGACAUUCAAGACCUGGAGUCUGUACGUCAUAGCCUGAAGUCUCCGUUCAUGGACAAUCUUGUCGUUAAUUUAGAUGUACAAGAACAGGUAAUGGGUCAUGUCUUCGACAAGCUCAGUGUCCAAGAGCCGCUUACUAAUCCUGUUGUUAUUAAUGAAGUAUUAUGCAAUCCCGGAGUAUGUAGAUCUCAGCUAACUGAGCUACUGUUUGAAACCUACAACGUCCCAAAGCUGAUGUUCUACGUUGACUGUCUUGCCUCCUACUAUAACUUUCAACGUUUUGAAAAUACCGAUCCAAAUGCUAACUGUCUCCUUAUAUCUUUUGGGUAUCAGAGAACUCAUAUCGUCCCUAUUAUCUCAUCCCGUAAUACAGAUACACCAUUAGUUUUUAAACCUUUGAUACGAGCCGCUCGUCGUCUCCACACAGGAGGUGCUCAUGCAAGCUGGAUGAUCCAGCGUUUGCUCCAGCUAAAAUAUCCUUCUCACUCAGAACGUAUUACUACGGGACUAGCUGAGCGAUUGGCUCAUUCGUACUGUUGGCUAGCUUCCAAUUAUAGACAAGAAAUGGUUGAAUGGAAGUCUGAUGAAUUUCGUCGAAGUCAUACUGUCAAAGUGCAACUUCCAUUUACUAAGCCAUCAACCGAAGACUUGAAAGCACUGGCUGAUCGCAAACGUGCUCAAACUGAACGCUUGUUGAAUGUGCAUCGAAAACGUCAACAAAAACAAUUUGAAUCAACUCAACAGCGCUUAGAUAAUCUUACUCAAGUGGAAAAUUUAAUGAAACAAGGCGAUUCUCCUAUUGUAAAGCAAAUUCUUUCCAACUUAGGUUUGUCAAAUGCGACGGAUUUAAGUCAUGAAAUUAACGCAUGUCAUAAAAUAAUGGAAAAGCUAAAAACCCAGCUGAAUCCUAGUAAAAUCGAGUCAACGUCAUCUAUCAAAAAGAUUGAAACGAAUAGCUGUGCUAAUGAUAAUCAAAAUGAUAAUGACGGUAAUGAUGAAAAGGAAUCGAUGGAUUUUGAUUCUGUUGAUGCAAGUCAACAAGAUGGGGAAUUUAAAUCGUCUUAUUCAUAUUUACUGGAAACGAUAAAUACUGUUUACACAAACUCAUUUAACACGGUAACUAACGAAUUAACUGGUCGAUACAAACGUGCUGCUGAAUUAUUAAUCUCGCAAUCAUUACCAUCUGCUGUACAAUCACAAAUGUCUCUGAAUACAAGUUCAAGUGAUUGGAAGUUCACUGAGGCUAAACUUCGUCAUCGCAUUGAAAUGGCACGAGAAAUCGAAUUCAUAAAUGGUGAAGAUUUUUGUCUGUGGUUAAAUUCACUAAGAGAUCGUCGAUUGUAUGUAUCGAAGAAACGAGCUCAACGUCAAAGUCGCGUAGACUUAGCAACACAAAUAGGCCUUCAUACAAAUGACCAGUUUGAUAUUGGAUCUGACCAAGAUAAUUUUACUAAUCAGUCUAGAUCUGCACUUGGUACACAACCAAGUAUUUCCGCUAAUAAUUCUGGACGUAAUGGAUUGAGUAGUGAUUCUACAAAUUCUGGAGUAUAUAGGCCUGAUGAAGAUAAAUAUGAUGAUUCCAAAAAAGUUUUAACAGAACGUCGUCGUAUGCAGCUGGAAAAAAUACGUGCUAUGGCAGCUGAACUAAAACCAUCAAGAGGCCGUUCUCGAGGAAAUGGACGUGGUAUUCGGUCGGGUGCCGUAUCUCGUGGAUCUUUAAAACCACGUGGCCGUUGUCGAAUUUACGUACUGAGAAUGACAGUCGUGUUCCUCCUCUGGAAAUAAAUCCUGUUACUGAUGAAAACGACACAUUAGGCGAGGAAAAUCCUGAUUUACUGGGUUUCGACGAUUCAAUGGAAAUGGAACAGAUUAACUCUUCGAAUAGUUUGAAUCGUCUAUGGGACCCUGAUGCUGAUGAAAAUACAAACGAAGAUUCCAGUCUCUCCACUGUCAUAAAAAAGACUAACGCCAUAUCUGAUUAUCGUACUGAUAAUACAGGUGAUGAAAGUGAAAAUGAACGAGAUCAGUUGGCAGUUAUUGACAGUCUCUUGUCACUUUACGAUCCAGAAGCUUCAAAGGACUUGGGAGUUACAGAUUUAAGAGUUGAUUUAGAUCAGUUUUAUCAAAUCCAUGUUGAUACAGAACUAAUGCGAUCUCAUGAAGUUUUAUUUCAGCCAAGUUUUAUGGGUAGUUCAGAAGCUGGUCUCUCCGAUUGUUUAGAGUUUGUACUGCGAGAUACAUCACGUUUACUUGAUAAUUCAUCUGAGCCAAGCUUUCCUCAAAGAAUAUAUCUAACCGGUGGCGUUGCUGCUCUACCUGGUCUUGUCGACCGAAUUCGAUACGAUAUCAGGCCUUUAUUACCUGUUGGAUCAAAAUGGGAUAACAUUGAAGUUAUCGUAGCUGGUAAGUUGAAAUAAGGUUGAGUUUCUUUAACAAAAUACAGGAUACAUCUUCCGAUCCGUUAUUUUUUAUUACAAUUACUUCGAAUAUGAAUACUCUUAGUUUAAAAGGUUUUGGCAAAUCAACCAAAAAUUCCCUAAUACAGAAAGUUAAAUAAGAACACAAUCGGGAAUAGGUUAAUUAUCAUACACAAAUGUAUGAGUUUUAUGUGAUAAACGAGUUAGGACAUUUGCUUACGAGGCUAACAAACCACAAAACAGCUGGCAAGCUAGUUGGGGAAUUAUAGUCAUUAUGUAUGUAAAGACAUGAUGAGAUUUCCUCUCCUUUAUUCAUUUUCUAAAUACUGAAGCAGUGGUAUUAUCAUCGCACUUGAGCGUGGUGUGAUUUAUAUACCAUAACAGGUUUGAUAUUUUUCAGGGUCUCUUGAAAUAUUUGUGAAACGUCUAUAAAUUGCAUACUAUAUAUAUUUCCUUGGAAAGUAGUCAGUGUCUUGAAAUGUAUAAAAUCCUUGUGGAGUAAUGUAGUUUAGUACCAUAUGGCCCUCUUUUAAUUCUUCUAUCGAAAAUUGUUAAAGUAGAUUCGUGACUGCACUGUUAAUUAGAUCGAUGUGUUAGCCUGAAACAUUUAAGGUACUUUUUGAUGUUUCUAGAUAUUUGUAAGGUGUGAUCGAUAAACGAACUCAGCAAUGACAAAGUGAAACGCCCACCACCACAUUAACUUUUUUUGACCUUGCAUGACUACGUCUUGUUUAUUCACCAAUCACAAUUUUAUGUUCACUAUAAAACAAUAUUUGCCUUGUUGACUCAUUUUUUCUAUCCUCUAGCUACUGUUUGGUAUGUUAUUUAUGUCUUUGUUUUUCCCCGUGUUGAUAGACUGUACUGUUUAUUUUGUAUACUAACGGUAUUAAUUUAUGUUUCAGAAACAGAUAAAGUUUGUCAAGCCAAACAGCUUACUUGUUCUGACUCUGACUAAACCAAAAUUCUGUGCUCGACAGUCUAGAGAAUAGCUUAGAGUUACACCUGUAGGAAAUUGCUUCCUACAAUAUUUCCUGUUUUUUUGGAUAAUGUUAAUAAAUAUACAUUGAUAAUAUAUGUGAUACUAAUCAGCAACGUAGAUCCUAUACAGGAUCAUACUGAUUAUGCUCAAUUUACAUAGCAGGCUGUAUUACUAUCCACAUCUGAAAAAAAUUUAUACAUUUUGUAAUAUCAACAUACUUUGAUUCAAACGUUUUAUUUAAACCUGUUUUCUCUGGUGAAAUUUGAAUUACGUGGAUAUUUCAUACUGUUUUAUAAAUACAAUUUACUAGCUAAUCCUCAUUUGGACGCAUGGCAUGGAGCGCGUCAUUUCGCGAACUCAUCGUAUGCUGAAGACUACUACACAACUAAGCAAAUGUAUGAAGAAUACGGUUCAUAUUAUUUUAAAGAUCAUCCUUUAGGUAAUCGUUAUUGGAUCAAUACAAACUGAAUCAUUUAACAUAAAAAACCGAUUGAUUCCUUGUAGAUAAGAUACCAGUGUACCACUGACUGUAUUUGUUUUAUGUGAAAAAUCCGCUUCCAUAUAUUAUAUGUAAUUAGUUUUCAACAAACACAACUAUUCCACUUGAAUAAUUUAUGUAUUCUAUUAUACAAAUAGGUUUCAUAAAUAUAAUUCGGAUCGCAUUUUUC